UAAAAAUGUCAAAUUGUCAUUAUUUAUGAGUUAGAUUGCUUGCAGCUGUUAUAAUUUUCAACGCGCUUGAUCAACUGCUCAAUCUUCAUAAUUAAUCUUCCCUAUAAUUAUUCUUCCACACCUUAAUUUGCCUUCAAAAUCAUCAAUACAUCCAUUUUACCAUCGUAUCAAAAUCAUUUACUAAAAUUCUUGAAUGUUUCUGAGAUUGUAUCAAAACCAGCUGCCGCCGCCGCCGCCGCCGUUGACUUGUGCCAACUCCUCCACGAGAGGCGAUUUCUACCACACAGUUUUGGAAGAAAAUUUCUGAGCUAAGUUUGUGGAAGCAAUUUUAUUUCAACGAUCAGCAGAUUAUUUAUUUGGACAUGGCGGCUUAUGGUGCGGCGGAUUCUCUGAAGAAUACGAUUGAGCGUAUUCUACAAUCGUCUCGCAUUUCUCUCGUUUCCCACUCUCCACAAAUACUACCCUCAGCUGAUUAUGGUGCAGUGACUUUUCUCAAGAAUACGAUUCACUGUAUUCUACAAUUGUUUUGCAUUUCCCCCUCUCCACAGAUCUUACUACCUGCCUACGACGAGGUGGAUCGCUUGCAGAAUGUUCUGCUCAAAUUGGACGACACCAGCUGCAGCAAGAUCAGGACGAAGGUGAAUGCUGCGGAUGAACUUAUAAAAGAAGCAAUUUGGGAAUUUGAAGAUUUACUCGAAUCCCAUGUCUUACCUCAGAUUCUUCCACAACUCGACAGCGAGAGAGACAACUUGUCAUUCUCUGUAGAGCUGCAGAGUCUGCAACUCCAUGUUGAUUGCUUCGUCGAGAAGAUGAAGAAGAUGGAGGAGGAAUACACUUAUGAAAUGGAGAAUAUGCCUGAAGAAGAAGGUGAGCCUAUUUCCUCAAGAAUCGAUUUUGGUGGAAUCAACUCAAAGAUGGUUGGAUUAUCUCAUGAAUUUCGAAAAGCCAGAGAUGAUCUUCUUGAAGAUAAAAACUAUUCGAUUAUUGGGAUGGCGGGCGUUGGGAAGACAACUCUUGCUAAGCAUAUUUUUGAAGAUCCAUCAAUUCGGAGCCAUUUUGAGUUUCGAGCAUGGGUCAGAGUGGGCAGAAAAUGUGAAUCCAAUGAACUAUUACGAUGUGUUCUAGCUCAAGUGGAUCCCAACGCUUACCAAAUGCUUAUUCAAGGAGAUGAUGAUGAGGAGGAAUUAGUUGGACGAUUGAAAGAAACAUUGAAGCAUAAGAAAUGUCUCAUCGUGUUGGAUGAUGUUUGGAAAGCAACUCAUUGCUUGACAAGUUGCUUACGAGAAAAGAAAAUUGGUAGAAGGAUUCGAUUCUUACUUACAAGUAGAGAUAAUAUAAAAUUCUCGCAGCAUGGGUACGAAAGAGUACGCUUGUUGAAUGAAGAAGAAAGUAAGGAACUACUUGGUGAGAAGGUUUUUGGUGAAGAGGGUUUCCCUCCUCAACUUGAGAAACUCGGAGAGAAGAUUGCCAAGAAAUGUGAAGGUCUUCCUCUUAUGAUAAUCACGGUUGCAGAGCUCCUAUCAAAAGCCGACAAGACCCCAGAAUACUGGACUGAGGUACUCGUCAAACAACAUAGUCCAGUCUUCCUAGAUGCAUAUAAUCAAAUAUCAGAGGUACUUUACCCAAGCUAUGAUUACUUACCCCAAUAUUUAAAAAUGUUAUUUCUCUACAUGGGAGCUUACUGUCCAUAUAUGGAUAUUGAUCUAACCACGCUCAACGCUACGUUGAGUGCUGAUAUGUUUCUUCAACCUAGUGGAGAAGAAAGUUUUGAAUAUUUUUGGCAGACAUGCUUGAGCAAGCUUUAUAUGUGGUAUCAUCUUGUUCUCGACACAUCACAUGAUGAUUACUAUUGGAGCAAGCUUAAGUAUCGUGUGCAUUCUUGCUGGCAGCACGUGUGUAGGGAAGAAGCUAGUAGGGUCAAGUUUCUGCAUGUCUUACAAAGUUGUGACGAUGUUAUAAAAGACCAACGCCGCUUGUGUGCCCAUUGGAACAGUUUAUUCUGCUUCAAACAAGUGUGUGAUUCGAUAAAAAGUGAUUGUGCAUCCAUUGUCCGUUCUCUCCUUUGCUAUGGUCCUUAUCACCCAUAUCCACUGCCAAUACAUGCCAUGGGUUUCAAGUUGCUCAAGGUACUACAUGCUAUUAAUGUCCGAUUUUACCAUAUCCCAACUGAAAUUUUCAAACUAGUUUGUCUACGAUAUCUUGCCAUAACUUACAACGGUGACCUCCCUGCUUCCAUAUCCAACCUUUUUCACCUUCAAUUUUUGAUUAUUGGUAGACAUAUGAACAUUAAAAAACGUGGAGUUCAGUCUUUUGUGCCUGUGCAAAUUUGGAACAUGCAAGAACUACAACAUUUAAAUCUACUAGGAAGGGACCUACCAACCCCUAAUUCUAAUGAUGCUACAUUGAACAAACUCACCACACUUUUUGGUGUGAGUGCAAACAGUUGUACAAGGGAAGUUCUCAAAAGAAUUCCUAAUUUAAAGUCAUUAGGGAUUGAAGUGGAGUUGAAGCCUUAUGAUGAUGAUGAAGAAACCAACCCAUUGAGUUCUUUAAGUUAUAUAUCAAAACUCUAGAAUUUGGAAGCACUUGCAUAUGAUAUCACGAAUCCGGAGAUAAAGAGUGAGUUUCCUACUAUUCUUCAUCUUUCAAUGUUCCCAUCAAGUCUCAUAGUGUUAUCUUUGAGUGGGUUGGGAUAUCCUUGGGAGUCUCUAAAUGACAUUGGUUUGCUGCUGCCAAAACUCGAGCUUCUCACAUUACAGUGCUAUGCCUUUCGAGGCCCAGAGUGGGAAAUAAAACCGGGGAGUUUCUUGAAUCUUAUUGAACUUCGAAUUGUAGACACCGAUUUGGUGCAAUGGAGACCUCAACGUGGAAGCCUCCCGAGGCUUCGUGCACUAAGGAUGGAGCACUGCUACAAAUUGCAACAACUCGAUUUGUCGAAUGAUCAGUCUUCGAUGACGUCCAUUGAAUUAGAGGAGUGCAAUCCUUUAGUUGUCUUUUGUACCAAUCAAUUAAAAGGCUCGUUUUACAUCAAACUUAUCACUCGUUCUUCUUUUUGAGCUCAAGUGACUCAGCAACUUGCCCGACAGGUUAGUCUUAUACUACUUUGCAAUAUAUAGCACGUCUUAAUGUUUCUUCCCUGCUCCUUCUCUUUUUUCACAGACAACUCAAAUCAGUUCAUGUCAAAAAUAUAUAUCUUCGUUAUAGUCACAUUUCUAUAAAUUUUCAGGCAAAUGGGAGAGCUGAAGGGGUCAGACUCGUGUGAAUUUAAGGAUUGUAACUUGAUUUGGAUUUUGUUGAGGAUUAUGAAACUUGAAUGCUGAAAUUGUUGUAAGUUGGAUUUGUGUGAAAGCAUUACUUGUUAUGCAUGAUUUCACUUUGUUUU